AUGGCAUUCCUCCAGCAGCCCACCAUGGCGCAACCAUUGCGAAAUCCCCAACCCCAACCUCAACCCUCUGAACAGCCCGAAUCGCGAUCGUUCUUCUCUCAAAGAUCAGCACGCCAAUUUGGUCUAUUUGCAGCAGGCGUAGGAUUCUUUGCAUUGUCUACAGUUAUUACCCGACGCUCGCUGGUCCGAAAGUACAAGGCCACUGUUCCUCGAUUCUACCAUCCCAGUAAUCGAGUCGCUGAAGUCAAUGGUGGCUUAGAGGCAGUUGAAGCCCUCGGACUUGCGACUGUAAAUGUUGCUAGUGUAGCCAUGACGGCCACCGGAGGAUUGCUGUGGGCAUUCGAUAUAUCAACACUAGACGAUCUGAGACGGAAGGUUCGCAAACAAAUGGGCUUUUCGCGAACUGGGAAUAGUCUGGAAGACAAAGAGGCCGAGGAGGAGAUAGAGGAAUGGUUCGCCGAAGUUCUUUCGCGAAAGGAAUUCAAGCACCUCAAGGGGAAGGAAGCAGAAAAUAUGGAGAAAGAGACAAAAGAAGAGGAGAAGAAGUCAUAG